CGCUUCCCAUUAGCCACGCACGGCUCUGUGGCGCGCAUAAAUAAUAGCUGGCAGCGGUGAUAAAAAAGCGCACCUUGGGGCUUCCAACCCCUCCUCCUCCAUCUCUCUCUUUCUUUCUUCCUUUCUGCCUCUCUAAUGGGCUUUCCUCCCAAAAUCUUUUAAAAGUACGCCUUUGAAGGCUGCGAACAGCAUAGAAUCGUAGGCUAUAAUGUUGUUUUCUGUAGUUUUUUUCUUUCUUUUUCGCGUUUCAGAACAAAUCCGCUGAUCUGGCUGAGACAGAAGGCUGCAUCAAAGCUCCAGCUUGUAUCACAAAAAUAAGUAAUUAGAAGCAGGAACACCGAGACAACCUCAGAGCAUCUGAUCGCUUGCAGAUUUUUGUUUUCGUGUGGAAGUUGAACGCGCAGGAGUGGCAGGACUGGUCCAGGACAGGAUGAUAUUGAUGGGACACCGGGAUAGAGGAUGGAGAGGAGGAUGGACUGCCCUGGUGUGGCUCGCUGCUGUCUGCUUGGUGCUGACUGACGGACGCAGGUCCAGGCAGCCCAGAUGCCCCGUUGGAUGCACCUGCACUAAAGAUAAUGCCCUGUGUGAGAACGUCCGAAAUGUGCCUCACGCCUUCCCGUCCGACGUCGUUUCAUUAUCUUUUGUCAAGUCUGGAUUCAAUGAGAUCACAGGAGCAAGCUUUGUUCACACACCUAAUCUGCAACUCCUACUGUUCACGGCGAAUUCAUUAGACCUGAUUGAUGAAGAUGCUUUCGUGGGUUUACCACAUCUUGAAUACCUAUUCAUUGAAAACAACAGAAUUGCAUCAAUUUCUCCAUUUGCUUUCCGGGGUCUCAAGGCACUGCUACAUUUGAGUCUGGCUUACAACAACCUGGAAACGCUGCCCAAAGAUGUCUUUAAAGGCAUGGAGGCUGUGACCAAAGUGGAUCUGCGAGGGAACAAUCUGAUUUGUGACUGCAAGCUCAAGUGGCUGGUGGAGUGGAUGCAUCACACCAAUGCCACUCUGGACCAGAUCUACUGCAGUGGGCCACCCAUUCACCAAGGGAAGAAGAUCAAUGACCUGCUGCCACAUUCAUUUGACUGCAUCACCACAGAAUUUGCUUCCUAUCAGCUGCUGAGGUUUGAGUCGAUUUCAGUGGAGGCCUUCACCUUUGGUAAUGAGCAGUACGUUGUGUUUGCACAGCCCUUUGCUGGCAAGUGCAACUUCCUGGAAUGGGAUCAUGUUGAGAUGACCUUUAGAACGUAUGACGCAAUUGAAAGCACCUCCACUGUAGUCUGCAAGCCAUUGGUGAUUGACAACCAGCUCUUCAUCAUCGUGGCCCAGCUGUUUGGAGGCUCCCACAUUUACAAACGGGACUCCUCUGCCAACAAGUUCAUCAAGAUCCAGGACAUCGACAUUCUGAGGAUUCGCAAACCAAACGACAUUGAGACAUUUGUCAUUGAUGGAGAAUCUUUCUUUGUCAUUGCUGACAGCUCUAAGGCUGGGUCCACAACCGUGUACAAAUGGAACGGCAUUGGCUUCUAUUCCCAUCAGUCACUCCACCCCUGGUACAGGGACACUGAUGUUGAAUAUCUGGAGAUUUCCAACAAACCCCACCUGAUUUUGUCCAGCAGCUCCCAGAGGCCUGUUGUGUACCAGUGGAACAGGAGCCAGAAGAAAUUUGACCGCAAGACAGAUAUACCAGACAUGGAGGAUGUGUUCUCCAUCAAUCACUUUCGGGUAAAAGGUGAACUGUUCAUAUGCUUGACAAGAUACAUCGGGGACUCCAAGGUGAUGCGCUGGGACGGUGCCAUGUUCAAAGAAGUCCAGACAUUCCCGUCCCGUGGCUCCAUGGUGUUCCAGCCUGUCUCUGUGGGCAAGUGGCAGUAUGCCAUCCUGGGCAGCGAUUUUUCACUGACACAGGUCUACCAAUGGGACACUAAGAGGAGGCAGUUUGUUCCAUCUCAGGAGCUCAGUAUUCAGGCACCGCGGGGAUUUUCUGUGGUGUCCGUUGACAACUGGGUGUUCCUGCUUGCAUCCAGCUUCAAGGGAAAAACUCAGAUUUAUGAGCACCUUAUGAUCGAUUUGAGUGAUUAAAGUCAUAAUUUGAUUGGGAAAUCUGCCUAUUCAAUAUUACUUUUCUGUGAUGGUGUAGAAUCAUGAGUCCAAAUUUAAAUCCACUAAUUGUCUUCUGCCAUAGGUUAAACCUAUAAGAGGCCUUAGAAGCAGCAUAUUUUAAAAGGUCAUACUGUUAGCUAAUUGGCUAUUACCUCCUUUUUUUUUUUAAAUAAAAAAAAAGCCAUAAAGGAACCAGUUUUACUCAUUUUCAAGUCAUCUUUCUGUUGUUGGUGGUAUUGUUUUACAAAUUCACAUUUUAUUUAAAACAUUUUAUUUAUCCCCUAAGAAAUGGGUUGAAAGGUUUUGCAACUUUGACUUUCUUCUUUAUCAGGUCUUUAUCAAGUCAGUUCAGGGAAAUAUAUAUUUGGGCAUAAAUGCUACUGCUUGCUAUAGACAUGUGACAGAUGAAAGGAAAAUGUUUAAUUAAAAGUGUCUUUGUAAAAACUUGCACUCCCAUAUCUGUCCUAAACUGAUUAAUACAGCCUGGCCUGGUUAUUUACAAACUACAACCAAUGCAAUAGUACAAAUUGACUAAUCUAUAGUGCUGAGAUACGAUCAGAGAUUUCAUGUUUUUCCCUUUGAUAUGUCACCAGAUUGAUGUAUUUUUAUCCCACGUUUCUCAUUGUGAAUUGCUUAGCAAAAGUAUCCACACAUCUUUAAGGUUUUCACAAGUGUUUUACAGCCUCUCAAAGGUUUUUCUUCUAUUUAGCUCCAUCCAUCUUCUUAUCAACUCUGAUCAGCUUCCCUUUUCCUGCUAAAGAAAAGCAACCCCAUUUUGUUUCACAGUCAGAAUUGAGCGAUGAGAAGUAUUGCGGUGUUUUUUCCAUGUAGCUCAGAAGGUUUGACUUUGGUCUCAUUUGGCAACAGAACUUUCGUCACUGUGCUCACUGUGUCUACGCCAUGGCUCAUAACAAACUGCAAAUGGGAAUUCUUCUUUCUUUUUCCAAAAAUGGCUUUGGUUGUGUAACUGUGAGGACGCUCUUCAGAGUGAUGUGAUGAGUUGGUUGCAUGUAGGACAAACAUGUUGGUCUUAUUUGACCAGAGCACUUUAGCUUUCCUCUUGUCACUCUUCCAUACAAAAUGUAAAAUGUUCAAAUAAUAGUUGUCCUGUCAAGUGAUUAAGCCAAUCUGUGCAUCUCAACAGUUCCUCUAGGGUUAUUCAAUUCAAUUCAAUUCAAAAAUACUUUAUUAAUCCCAAAGGGAAAUUACAUAAUCAUUAUCAUGGGCCUCUUGGCUUUUUGCCUCCUUGCACGCCAUCAUUUGGGAGGUUUACAGCUGUGCCACACUCUUUCUGUUUUUAGAUGAUAGCUUGAACAGUGUUGUGUGAGAUGUCCAUAGCUUGGGAUAGUGUUUUAUAAUUUAACCCUACUUUUAAACUCUCCACAGUAUUACUCCUAAAACCAGUCUGGUGUGUCUCUAUGUCUUCGUGAUGCUGUUUGUGCUCUACUGUUUUCUAACCUCUAAGGCCUUCAUGUAUGUACACUGAGACUAAAUUACCACUAGGUGACCUAUAAAGGCAGUUGGUUGCACUGCAUCUAUUUUGUUGGUAUCAGAGUAAAGAUGGCUGAAUAUAAAUGCACACCACACUUCUACGGUUUUUGAUUGGCAAAGUUUUGAAAACCGUGAGUCAUUUAUCUGCCAUUUGUGUUGGUUUACUACAUAAAAAAAAUACAUCAAGUUUGUCGUUGUAGCAACAAAAAUGUGAAAAGGUCCAAAGGGUGUGAAUACUUUUGCAAGACUGGAGACUUAUUCAAUGCUUAUUUAAUGGGAGAUUAAAACAUUAAGGCUUCUUCUGAUUAGGAAUAACAGCCAUUCAAAUCCCACACUGUGACACAAGAGAACUACACACACUCCUGAUAGUUCAGAUGGAGAUGUUUAAUAACCAGACAAUCUCCAAAAAUGUACAAGAAUAUGUUUAACAGUUUUGCAAACAGCUUCAGUUAUGUAGUUUCUAGUGUAAUGGCAGGGCUUUUGUUUUUCAAUGCCGCAGGUUAAUAACACGGCCUUACAUUUCAAGGAAAAAUGAAAAUCACACAUUCUUUGGUAGUUAGUCAACUUGCACUCCUUAAUCAUUCCUUAAUGAUUAUGUUACACUCGAAACUGUGAUGAAACAUCCACUUGUGAGAAACUGAGAAAAAACAAAAACUAUUUCCUGCAUGUAUGAAGCAUAAACUCAUAGUACUGGUUUCGCAGUGAAUGACACACCAGAAGCCUCCCACUGUGUUACCCAGCCCUCUCUCUUUCACUGACCUCUUAGCCUUUUUUCUCGCCCGGCAACAAAAAAACCAUUGUUCUCUUUACAGCCAAAUGCUAACCACUGUGAUGCCCCUACUACCUGUGCUUUCACACACUGCUCUUAUUUUCACACAAAAAGAACAGAUAGCAAAUUCCAUCCCAGACAACGAAUUGCCAAAUAUAGCAUUUGUGAUUUUACAAUGUUUGUGUAAUUUAUAAUACUUUUGUAAGUAGAGAGAUCCAGGCUCAGUGUUAAUUUUGAUAGCCUGUAGGAUGAAAUGUAGAGUAGAAAAAGAUCACCUCAUUGUCAUGCUUUUUGUGCAUAACAGUAGAGACUUUACUUGUGUUGAUGUUAAACAAGUUAGAUAACAAUAUUGGUGCUUCUUUCUCAUUUUGCUCGCUGUAUUUUAUAUCUCGUAGUAAUAAAAUGCUAAAUCAGAAA